GUUUCUUCCCAGACUGAACUGACCUGGGUACACAACAUGCACAACAGCACUGCUGGAACUCCACAUGUGACUGGAACAUGUAAUGAGACUUUGUCCACGCCGCCACCGAGCUCCGAGUUUUCCCUGGGCGUGUUGGUGCUGCUGGCUUUCCUCAUGGUGUUGCUAGCUCUGGUCACCAUCCUGGGCAACGUCUUGGUGAUCCUUGCUUUCAUCAUGGACAGGAACCUCAGGCAUCGGAGUAACUACUACUUUCUCAACCUUGCUAUUUCUGACUUUGCAGUGGGUGCGUUGUGCAUGCCUCUCUACAUCCCUUACAGUCUGACUGGGAAAUGGCACUUGGGAAGAGAUGUCUGCAAGCUCUGGCUAGUUAUGGACUAUCUUAUGUGUACAGCUUCAGUAUUUAACAUUGUUCUUAUCAGCUAUGACCGUUUCCUGUCAGUUACUAAAGCUGUAUCUUACAGAGCCCAGCAGGGAAUAACAUCCAGCCCUGUUAUCAAGAUGGUGGCCAUCUGGGUUUUUGCCUUCCUCCUCUACUGCCCAGCAAUCCUCUUUUGGGAGCACGUGGCUGGACACAGCGUGGUAGCAGUGGAUCAGUGCCACGCCGAGUUCUUCCACAACUGGUACUUCCUCCUGUGCACGUCCACGCUGGAGUUCUUCGUGCCGCUGGUCUCGGUGACCUACUUCAACGUGCACAUCUUCCACAACAUCCAGAGGCGCCAGCGGCAUGGCAGCGCGCAGGACUGCGAGGCUCCAAAGGGCAGCAGCCUGUCCUGGAGAUUGUGCCUCCUGCCAAGGCCCGGAGGAUCUUCAUCUGAAGCAGAGGAGAGUGUUUCAUCAUCCACGAGGCCAAAGAAAGAGUCUUUGGUAACUGAGAACUCGUCUCCAUCCCAGGGCAAUUCUGUAACACCAGAAAAUGACUUUUCUGCUUCUUUUUGUGCAAGGGCCAGGUCAAAGCUACAGCAGGACAAAAAAAUAGCAAAGUCUCUUGCCAUAAUUGUGUGCGUGUUUGCCAUUUGCUGGGCCCCGUACACUUUACUAAUGAUUAUUCGUGGGGCCUGCCAAGGAACUUGUGUUCAUAACUCCGUGUAUGAAAUAAGCUUUUGGCUUUUGUGGACCAAUUCCUCUCUGAACCCAUUUCUCUACUCUCUCUGUCAUGUUAAAUUUCGGAUGGCUUUCAUGAAAAUAUUAUGUCCCAAAAAGUUUGCAACAUUGAGAUUAGGCUCUUUUUAAAAGGAAAAAAUAAAAAGGCUGAAGAGCAGCUGGAGGAGAGAUAUAAGUAGCUGCAAUUUGAAAUUAGAUUGUCUCUUCCAGGAGACUAGUCUUGUUAGAAAGCCUAAAGAAACUUUCCAUGAAGUCUGUC